AUGGACUUCGACAACGAGUCACUGCUGCGAUGCUUUUGCUCCGAAGAGGAGGAACAGGAGAUCAUUUCCUGGAACAAAGAAAACGGUCAUGCUCGCUCUGACAUUUUUGAAUUUAGACUUGAAGAAGCAGACAAGCUGAGAGAGGAGGGCAAUGAGUUCUUUAAAUCUGGGAACUUUGACACUGCCCGUCAGCGCUACUACGGGGCCAUAUGGCAUCUUGACUUUGACAUUGGCCAGCAAUGGAACCUCAUGGACAAGCAUCAGCUUGACCUGAACACCAGGAAGCUGAAGGUCAUCAGCAACAUUUGUGGUGCAUAUCUCAAGUCAAACGACUGGUUGAACACAAAGAAGGCAGCUGACAUUGGGCUCAGACACCUGGAGAAAGCUGAGCUGAAGGACCCCGAUGCAAGAGGCAAGUUCCUUUACAGAAAAGGUUUUGCCAACUUACAGCGUGGCUUUGCAGAGGAUGCAUACACAUCCCUCAAAGAGGCGGAUUCUUUGAUUCCUGGCGACAAGCAGGUUCGGCAAGCACUCAAGGAAGCUGCGGAGCACCAAAAAGCUGAUCGGCAAAAGGCUAAAGAAGUUUGGCGCAGCAAGUUAUUGUCGGAGGAGGAGAAAGCUUGUCAGGGCUCCUGGACUGAGCCUGCUGUUGCAUCCGCCCGGCUGAAGUUCACCUUGCGCCGAUGCUGUCGGCGGAAGACACAGUGA